AAAACUCUCAAUUCCCCAAGUAUCGUGAAUUCGUGAUUCGUUUUUGCAUACUACAAGCAUGAGCUCAGAAAAAGAAAAAGGAAAACCCUACUCCGAGGAAGAUCUGCCCUGGCCAAGGCAUACUUGCUGGUUUCCCCCCCACAUCCAUCGAAACCCUUUAUCUGUCACCCUUUCCACAUAAAAUAGCCACCAAAAGCCCAUCAAUUCGUCGCAACCUGACGAUCAAUCGCCGCCGGAUUCAUAUCGUCACUGCCGGAAAAAUUCCACCCUAAGCGAAGCCGUUCCAGGGCCCUUGUCGUGAUUCCACGUGGAGUGUCGUACCCGUAUUUGGCGUGACCGUGCUUUGCAGCCUCCAGUUUUUGGAGGAGUGCCCAUUUUUCAUCUGAUUGUUCCAAUUCCAAUGAAUGGUUCACCAUCUGAGAUGGUUAUGACCUGCCAGAGUACUGGGGAUAUUGGUAUUCCUUCACAGCCCUGUGAAGUUGGUGCUACUUCACACGAUGACAAAAGCUGCCCUGCAUAUGCUUUGCCUGCACAGGUCAAUGGAUGGAUGUAUGUUAAUCAAGAAGGUCAGAUGUGUGGACCAUACAUACAGGAACAGUUGUAUGAAGGGUUGUCCACUGGUUUCUUGCCAGACGAGCUUCCUGUAUAUCCCAUAUUUAACGGGACACUUGCUAAUCCAGUCCCCCUGAAGUACUUCAAUCAGUUCCCAGAUCAUGUUGCCACAGGCUUUGCAUAUUUAAACCCAGUAGCCUCUGGUUUGAGUGGUCGUGGCUUUCAAUCGAAGGCAGAUUAUUCUGAAAUACCCAUUCCAAACCAGCAUAUUCUCACAUCUGGUUCUGUCACGACACCACAUUUGCAUCUGUCUUUGGAACAGGGAGGUGGAGAAUCUUGUUGGCUCUUUGAUGAUGAUGAGGGGACGAAACAUGGACCACACUCUCUUGUAGAUCUGUACACAUGGUUUCGCUAUGGAUACAUUAGGGAUUCAAUAAUGGUGUAUCAUUCUGAUAAUAAAUUUAAACCUUCUACAUUACAAUCUUUAUUAAGUACCUGGGUGGAAGCAGUACCUAGAGAUGCCUCAUUGUCAAGUGUCAUUAUGCAUAAGGAUGACAUGUCUUUUCAAGGUUUUGUGACUGAGGUGUCUGAAGAACUAUGUUUACAGCUACACUCAGGAAUCAUGAAAGCAGCUCGUAGAACUGUGCUAGAGAAGAUCAUUAGUCAAAUAAUUUCAGUGUGUGUUGCAACGAAUGAAGCUGAUAAGCAUCUUAGGCAAGAAAGUCUCAAUAAAAAUGUCAACUCAUCUUCAGAGGAUAACAUAACGCAUAAGGGUGGUAAAAGUAUUGUCCCUGAGAGCAGACCAGAAGCUUCUGUAACUGAUUGGCAGAGAACUUGUCUGGAUGAGGUCGCUGUAGUGUCUUCACAAUGCACAAAGUCUGUUGGAAGUUAUCAGAAUUUUUGUGCUGCACAUUUAUUGGUCUGCAGAAUACUUUAUGAGUCAUGCAUGCAAGUAAUGUGGAAUGCUGUCUGUUAUGACCUCACAGCAGAUUAUGCAUCUGCAUGGAGAAAGAGAAAGCGCUGGUCUGAUCCCCGGGAUAUGGUGAAAUCAAGUACAUUUUUGGAUUCUUCACUUGUCCGAUACCCAGAUCCACAUACUGAAGCUUUACCACGAGUUGAAUCCUCUGGUCAUGACAUUGAUUGCCCACCAGGUUUUGAGCAGCAAGGAAACUCUGGUUGUGAAAUCGAUUACCCCCCUGGUUAUGAACAGGCUAUGGAGAUACGGGAUGUACGUUCAAUUUCACGACCACAGUAUUUGCCUACUGCUGAUGAAAAAGUAUCAUGUAAAGGCAGCAUCUUAUUAGAGAACAAAUUUUCUGAUGAAAUAGGAUCUAUCCAUGAGAGCGUAUUGAAUGAUCUGCAUCUCUCUGUCAAAAUCACAUUGGAAAAUCAUUUCAUGGACCUCUUGGAUGAGGAAGUGGGUAAAAUUGCUGAUGACUGCUCAAAGGAUGUCCAGAUGAAUAAGGUCGCGGAGAAUUAUAGAUUCUAUAAUGAUGGUGAUCUUGAGAUUUGCAAUCCAUUAACAGGACCAUUGAAUGAUAACACAAUUACUAGUAAUGAGUUUUCCAUCUCAGGUGUAUUGUUGAGUUCAUUUCAGAAGUUGCCUAUCCACUUAGAAGAUGAAGGUGUCGAUGAGCUGCAACCACCCGACUCUAGAAUGUCACUUCCUGUACAAACCUCAACACUUGUAUCCUUUAGGCAUCACGAUUGUGUUCCAAAGGUCGUGUGGCAUAGUGCCCUGGCAAUUUGUCGGCAAAAGAUACAUGAGAAUGUGCUGAGAGAAGUGAGGCUAUUUAUUGAUGGUACAAUUAAAAGACUUCUUAAGGCUCUGUUUUCUGGAAAGAAAUCUGAAGGCUCUCAGAUCUCAAAGAUUAAGAAAGGCAAAAAGAAACCUGAUAAACUUGCCUCAGUUAGAAAUCAGGUGGAGAUAUCUCCUGACACAUCUUUGACCACCAGCAGAUAUACGCAUUGCCACAAGAACAGGUUUGAUAAGAGAAAAUCAGACACCUUAUCUCAGUGUUUGACCAGCAAGGGUGUUGCGUCUAAAAAACAUAAAUCAAAGAGCCAACAUCCUUCCAGUGAGGCAUUGGAGAUUGCUAAGCAUGGAAAACCAGUUGUGAAGUCGAAAGAAACUCGACUGGCUAGAUCUGACAGCAAAUCGCUUCAAAACUACUCAUCAUCUCAUGCCAAGACUAACGAGAAUUCAGACGAGGUUAUUACUAUCACCAAAGGGUGUGAAAAUCAUGCAAGCGGCACCAAACGGAAGGCCCCUAUACUCUCUGAAAAUGCUUUUAGUGCUGAUAAUACUCAUAAGUUGAACAGGGUUUCCCAAAAACAAGAAGUGCAAAUUAUUUCAAAAGGGACACAGAAAUCAACCAAGUUAGUGAAGCUGCAAAGAAAUCGACCAAAAGAUGAUGUGCCCUUGGAAAAAGUUCAGAUUGUUCCUGUUGCUUCUUCUGAUCAAGCAACAAAUGAGGUUUUUGUACAAAAUAAAGGCAGUGGUAAAUCCAGGAAAACAAAACGGUGCCCUCGAUCAGAUGGGUGUGCUCGCACCUCCAUUAAUGGUUGGGAAUGGCAUAAAUGGUCACUGACUGCAACUCCUGCUGAAAGGAUUCGUGUAAGAGGGAGUGGCUGUGUCCAUGUUCAUUCUGUCAAUCAUGAUGGAAGUAGUUCUCAAUCCUCAAAUGUUAAAGGAAUAUCUGCCAGAACAAACCGGGUUAAAAUGCGUAACCUUCUUGCUGCUGCAGAGGGUGCUGAUAUUUUGAAAGCAACUCAAUUGAAGGCAAGGAAAAAACGUCUGCGUUUUCAGCGUAGUAAAAUACACGACUGGGGUCUUGUAGCUUUAGAGCCAAUUGAGGCCGAGGAGUUGGUGAUCGAAUAUGUUGGAGAACUUAUUCGCCCCAGUGUAUCUGAUAUAAGGGAAUGCUAUUAUGAAAAGACAGGGAUUGGUAGCAGUUACCUCUUCAGACUGGAUGAUGGUUAUGUUGUGGAUGCAACAAAGCGUGGGGGUGUUGCUAGAUUCAUCAAUCAUUCUUGUGAGCCUAACUGCUACACAAAGGUCAUAAGUGUUGAGGGUCAGAAAAAGAUCUUUAUAUAUGCCAAGCGGCAUAUUGCUGCUGGUGAUGAAAUUACUUACAAUUACAAAUUCCCAUUGGAAGAGAAAAAGAUCCCUUGCAACUGUGGUUCUAAGAGGUGCCGCGGCUCAAUGAACUGAGUUUUUUGGUGGAUGCAUUUUCCGCAUCAUCUUCAUCACCAUCACCUUAGCACCAAAUAUGUUGGGGUUACCUGUGGUUCUGUAAUUGUGCCAAUUAAUAUGAUGUGAUCUAACCAUUUCCAAAUGUAAAGGAUGAUGAUGAAUACCUGUUCCUAUUCAAAUACUUGUAGAUAUCUCAGUGGCAGAUGAGUAGCCCCUCUUAAGAACUGAAACUCGGGUGUCCAUAUUUAUUUUUAUUUUAUGCCUUUUGUUAUUAAACCUCCAUUCUUUUGUUAUUAUAAUUAUAGCAUACAAUUAUCUCAUUGACCAAAUUCUUAUUUGCAGUACGUAUGCUGUAUAGAUAAUGAUGUGUUCUUAUCUGAUUCAACUCCAGAACCCCAGUGAAUGCUGUCAAUUUGUUUGCUUAUAGAUAGAUCGCUACCUCCGUCCUUAUCUAAAGUUUCUGUUUCUUAUUUUGUGGUAUUGAAUGGGCAUCGUUGCCCAUUUUUAUCUACGAUUGUAUUUAUAAAGCCUAUAAUGAAUCGUUGUAUGCACUAAAACAGUUUGUUCACUUGACAGUCAAUGUACAUAAAUUAUGACAUAAAAGUCAUUGCAUAAACUUCAAGUAAGGGCGGAGGAAGUUGUGAAUCAUUGUAUGAUUAUUAGCCAUAGUAACAUUUUAUAUAUAUCUCGACAAAAGUGUUCAAACUGACUAGGCAUCUAAAUUUUCCGUUUUAAGUUGAUAUGUUCGAAGUCCAAGCAAAGCCACCUAUUCAAGGUAUCAAUAGCAGUUGGUCUAACAGUUGAAUAGAUUUCAAUUCACGGAAAAUGAUGAUCAGAAUGGAUUUGAUACCUAGUCUGAGUGAAGGACGCCCCUUUUUGUAAAAAUGAGUCUCUUGAAACACAUCAUCUGGACAAAAAACGGUAUUUAGGUGAGAAUUGCGGAAAUGUAUUUAACAAAUUGGUUUAAAUUCAGAUGCUAUAUUUAGGUUAUUUGCAUGAGGCAGAAGAGAUAAUGGUAUCAUACCAAUUCCAACUAUUACUGUCGCAGGAAGCAUUGAAGUAGUGUGCGAACUGCUAGGUGGAUGUUUUUGAAGCUUUUCUGGUAUGUCCUUUUUCUAAUGUCUUAAUAGUCACCAUUAGGGGUUGAUUACUUUUUUCCAUUAUAUCUUGUCUGAACUAAAAUGUCUACUUAGUAAGGGUCUUGGUAUUAGAAGUUUAAAGUUGUUUACUUUUGUGCUGAGUAAAUUAUCUAAAUUGGGCAGAUAACCAAUUUAAGGUUGGGUCUUUGUCUAAGAAGUUGUUAACGUUGUAUGCUAAGUAAACAGUGUAAACUGGGCAAAUAACCAAUUGAAGGUUUUUAGCUACCUGUCGUCUUUUAUUAACACAUUUAUUCCAAAACGUAUUUCCUCAAAAAAUGGGUGAGUAGACUUUUAAAUCAUGAGAUAUAUCAGGAUUGAACCAUUGAGUUGGAUUUUGUUUGAAUGAGUAAUUUGUUUUCUCAAUUAUGUCAUAAACAUAUGUGAUUGAUGGACGAACAAUUCACUAACUUCUCAUGUACAUGCUAUAAAGGGUGAAAACAAUUGGUAUAUUAAUCCUUUGAGACAAAGUACGAAUGAUGUUUGGGAACGGAAAUAUGAAAUGCACGUCCCAUUCAUGAAGUAGCAAUUAUUGUUUUAGGAUUCAUGAAAUAAGGGUGAUGUUCUUUGCAUGAAUGGACAAUGGCACUUUUUGCGUCAAAAUGGUACUACCUCAGUCCCAGCCUAAAAAUUUUAUGAUAAAAUGACACGUUACUUAGACAACAAUUACAUAAAGUGAUACGAGUAUAUUUUGAAAAAUAUUUUUUAUGAGUAUAUAAUAUAAUGAGGUCAUUGAUGAUAACGGUAAUGUUAUAGAUGUAUUAUUUUUAAUAUUUGACCAUCAAAUUAUCAUUUAUGAGUGUUAAUCAAGUUAUCAAUAUUUUUAAGAGUUAUUAAUAGAAAUGAUAAUCUUUAAGAGUGAAGUGCGGACAAGUGUUGCCCUUUAAAAUGAGGCGUGGUGUUCUUUUUGUUACAAUCGUGCACAAUCAUUUUUUAGGGAAAAGAGGCAAAUAAGCCCACGUACUAACCAAAAGAGUCAAAUAAGCCCUUAUAUUGAAGGCUCCGUCCACCGUCGCCAUUUGGGGAGGUUCCCAGUAUAAUUUUUUGAUGAAUUUUUUUUAGCGCCGUAUUCAUUAAGUCUAGUUUAGUCACACCAAAUUUCAG